AUGGACACGGCAAGGAUGAAUUCCUUCCUCGAUUAUCCGCCCAUCCUCAACGGCGAGUCCGCCACUUGCUCGUCCCGUGCCUACCACCACCACCAUCACCACCACCAUCACCACCCCGACCAUGGGAUUACAACCACUUUCCAAUCCUGCGCUGUCAGUGCCAACAACUGCAACGGGGACGAUCGCUUCUUGGUGGGCAGGGGGGUCCAGAUAAGCCCCCACCCUCACCACCCCCACCACCAGACUGGUGCCUACCAGCAUCAUCCCAACCUGGGGAUGUCCUACUCGCACCCCAGCUGUGGGUCAGGCUAUGGAGCGCAGAACUUCAGCGCAGGGGGCUAUAGUCACUACCCACUCAGCCAAGAGGCAGAGAUUAAUGGGGGCUACCCCCAGUGCGCUCCUGCUCUCUAUUCUGGGAACGUCUCGUCGUCCAUGGUCCAGCACCCCCAGAGUUAUUCAGGGGGCACAGUGAGCGCUGCUCAAUAUAUCCACCCCUCCUAUGGAGAAGAGCAGCAGAACUUAAAUCUUCCCAAUUACAGCCACCCCCUGUCCCCUCUCCAUUCAAGCCACCCGGAAACCUGUAGCUCUCCUUCUUCGGAGACCUCACCUCCAGCCCAGACUUUCGACUGGAUGAAAGUGAAGAGAAACCCUCCUAAAACAGGCAAAGCUGGAGAGUAUGGUUACGUAGGUCAGCCCAACACCGUCCGAACCAACUUCACCACCAAACAGCUGACAGAGCUGGAGAAAGAAUUCCACUUCAACAAAUAUCUCACCAGGGCCCGCAGGGUGGAGAUCGCUGCUUCGCUGCAACUGAACGAGACCCAAGUCAAGAUCUGGUUCCAGAACCGCAGGAUGAAGCAGAAGAAGCGGGAGAAAGAGGGUUUGUUACCCAUUUCUCCUCCUACCCCGACAGGAAGUGAAGAAAAAGGAGAGGAGUCCUCAGAAAAGUCCAGUUCAUCCCCCUGUACUCCUUCACCAGCCUCCUCUACCUCAGAAACUCUGACUACCUCGAAUUAA